AGAGCUGGGGGGUGGCAAAGUCAACAGCGCGGGCAAAAGAGUAGCAGGUCCCCGGUGGCCCAGACGGGUCACCGGGUGGACGCGGAGAACCAGAAGUCCGCCCAAGGCCUGCGGCACCUGCACAAGUUCGCAGAGGCGGGAGAAAGCGCGGGGAUCCCCCGGGGUGGCGAGGAAAAGCGCUGAGACCCGGGAGGCCUGCAGAGCUCCGGUGGCGGUGAGCUCCGGCCGCUCCCCACGCCGGCCGCGCUGUCCCGGCCGUGUGCCCAAGCCUGGGCCAUGCGCUGUGGGGGCGUGCGCACCUUCACACUGGAGCUGGCGCGGGGCCCGGGCGGCGCGUACCGCGGCGGGGAGCGGCUGUGCGGCCGGGUGCUGCUGGAGGCGGCGGCGCCGCUGAGGGUGCGAGCGCUCGAGGUGGCGGCGCGUGGCGGGGCUGCUACGCAUUGGCUCGAGGGCCGAAGCGUGGGCGUCAACGCGGUGUCCAGCGACUUCGCGGCGGCGGAAACGUACCUGCGGCGGCGGCAGCAGCUGCUUGGAGGUGGUGAAGUCUCCGGCCGGGUUAGUGAGUGCGCUUGCGUGCGCCGAGUGUAUUCGCGUCUGGAGCUGCUGCGUCUGUACCUCGCGCCACGGCGUCGGGGGUUCGAGGCCAGGGUCUGCGUGUCGCGGGUUCGCAUCCCCAGCGAGAUGCUGUUCCACAAGGUGAAGGCAUUCGUGGUACAGCUGGACCGCGAGGGCGCCGAUUCCGUAUUCAGCGGCGGCCAGGCGGUAGCCGGCCGGGUGCUGCUAGAACUGGCGGGCCCUGUGCGCGUGGGCGCCCUCAGGCUGCGCGCGCGGGGCCGCGCCCACGUGCACUGGACUGAGUCGCGCAGCACCGGCUCAAGCACCGCAUACACGCAGAGCUACAGUGAGCGCGUGGAUGUCCUGAGCCACAGUGCCACGCUUCUUGCGCCAGAUACUGGAGAGACUACCACGCUGCCUGCUGGGCGCCACGAAUUCCCAUUCAGUUUCCAGCUACCUCCGACCUUGGUGACCUCAUUUGAGGGCAAACAUGGCAGUGUCCGAUACAGCAUCAAGGCCACUCUGCACCGGCCCUGGGUCCCCGCUCGCCGGGCAAGGAAGGUGUUUACUGUUAUUGAACCUGUGGACAUCAACACGCCUGCCCUGCUGGCUCCUCAAGCGGGAGCUCGGGAGAAGGUCGCUCGAUCCUGGUACAGUAACCAUGGCCUUGUCUCCCUCUCAGCCAAGAUCGACCGCAAGGGGUACACACCAGGUGAAGUAAUCCCUGUUUUUGCUGAGAUCGACAAUGGCUCCACUCGUUCGGUGCUGCCGCGGGCGGUCGUGGUCCAGACGCAGACCUUCAUGGCACGAGGUGCCCGCAAGCAGAAGCGUGCAGUGGUGGCCAGUCUCUCUGGCGAACCUGUAGGCCCUGGGCGGCGGGCGCUGUGGCAGGGCCGGACACUUCGGAUCCCUCCCGUAGGCCCUUCCAUUCUGCACUGCCGUGUGCUGCAUGUGGACUACGCCCUAAAGGUCUGCGUGGACAUCCCAGGCACAUCCAAGCUGCUCCUGGAGCUGCCGCUGGUCAUCGGCACUGUCCCCCUGCAACCUUUCGGCAGCCGCUCGUCCAGCGUGGGCAGCUACACCAGCUUCCUAUUGGACUGGGGUCUGGGGACCCUGCCAGAGCGGCCCGAGGCCCCUCCUGAGUACUCUGAGGUCGUAGACAGUGUGGCAGCCGUGGGACAGAGUCCCUUUCCAGUGCCUCAGGACUCCGACAUGAGCCUCGAAGGUCCGUUCUUCGCCUAUAUCCAGGAGUUCCGCUACCGCCCACCACCCCUGUACUCUGAGGAGGAUCCAAACCCACCCUCCGAGGCCAUGAGGCCACGCUGCAUGACCUGCUGAGUGGAAGUGGAUUCCUAGAGGGACAAAGAUAUACGUGUGCUUCCAGCCACCAUGGACCUGGGGAGUGGCUGGAUCAAGAGUAGACCAGCCUGGCUGCACUGAAGUUGGGGAAACCAAGUCUCAGAACAGGGCAGGGCUGUUCUGAUAUCACACAGGACAGAGGAAGAGCCAUUCUGGGAUCUGACUUAUCUGGACUGGGCCUUGUAAGACAUCAAAUGCCUGGUAUAGGAUCUGAGAGACUGUUCAAGCCGUCUAUGCUAGCCUAUGGGCGGGGCUAGGGUCCCCUAGGAGCCUCCAGUCUGAGAGACACAGCCAGACAGAAAUAGUGCAGUCUUAUGGCUCCAGAGGAAGACACCGGGCUGGGAGAGUCCAGAGAGGAAGCAGAGGAGGCUUCCUAGAGGAAAGGGCAUUUUAGCUGAGGCUUUGGCAUAUGAAUAAGAGCUCAGCAGGCAGGUAAGUGAGAAGGAAGAGAAGUCAGAGAAGGUUCAGAGCUGAGUGAUGUUUGGAGACUGCCCUCUUCAUCUUAGAACUGGGGCUUAGAGGGCAAGUGCCUCAGUUGAAGUCACACUGGUCCGGCAGGUGAGAGGGCCCAGGAACGAGGCAUUCAGAGAAGCAAGUUAUAGGAGCUUUGCGAGGCUUGUGGGCUGCAGGGGCAGCAGCUCCAGCCUUGGAAGCCUCUGAAAGCUGGAGAUUCCUGCCCCAGACUGGGACUACCUGGGAGCUUCAGACACAGAGCUGCCUGGGUGCUAGAUGGCCUGGAAAUCCAGGUUCAGAGGGGGACAUACAAGACCAGCUACAUAACUUGCAAAUGAGAAUGUGGAGCCCCUGUUCAAGGAUUAUCAAGAAUUUCAAGAUAGUAACAGCAGAGCAUUCAACCAGGUCCAGGGGACAGAGGUCAGCCUGUGUUGACACAGCAGGGCCAGUGUGUUUCUGGAGACCCCUGUGUUUGGAAGGAUAAAGUGGGAGGGGGCAGCUGGACAAGCCCCCAACUUCAGAGUCCCAGCCCUGACUGGGGCAGAGCCCCCGCCUGGGACUCAGCAUUUCUGAUAAGCCUUAAAUUGUUCUCUUUUGUACAAUUAUUUUUUAAAAAUAAAACUGUGGAGAAGA